AUGAACUUUCUUUACAUAGUCAUCUCAAUCUUUCGAAUCUCAGCGUUAUGUAUAAAUAAUCAUCUCACGUUCUCGAUCCUACUCCCUCGAGCAGGAGCAGUGGCUGAGGUGAAGUGGGUGCCUCGGAGCGCGGACUGUGCCAUUGAUAGUGUGACUGCCAACUACUAUGUGCGCAAGGCCUUCCGAGACAGCAUAUCCCGUUUUGAUCCCGUUUUCGAUGUGCAAUCCACGCGGAAGUCUAUGAUAUGUAAGAGAGCGCUGUUGAAGAUGGUGGCUUUCAACCCGGAGUGCAAUGGCAUGCUAACGAGAAAACAGCAAGUAGAGGAACGCGACCUAUUUAUAGAUACCUACAAAGACGAACUCAUAACCGAUUCGGCGAUUUUGAUUGGUCCUCAAAGCAAGCUGGGUAUCACCGUUGAGAUGUCCAAGUUUGUGAAGGGUGUGAGUUCGAAGUCAACCGCUGUGGUGGACGGGGCUAUCCACUCUCGCACAGCCGCAGGUGAUACUAACGCGAUACCUGGAGACACGUCUGUGUCUGGGCAUACGCAUGUAAGCAUGGGUACCAGUGGUGGGGGGUAUGUGAUGAAGAAGUCACGUAAGUACUUUCCCACGACUUAUCUGCGAGAGCCCUUCGCAACCAUUGAGGACGCACAGGACGCUGUGCGUGCACACAUGUCCGAGAAAAUCGCUCAGGGCUUUGUGCUGCCAUCGCUGGAUCAGUUUGAGCAGACACUCAGGAAGGGUAUAGAGCACCAGCGAUGGUACCACUCGUUCCAUGCAUUGGUCUUUGAUGGGUGUGGAGGGAAUGAGGACGAGAUUAAG